AUGGCUAUCCUACUAUCGUCAACAUUCUCCUCCACCUCGCCGCCAUCGGCCUUUACAGGCGUCAUCAUCGGACUCGUCUCAUCCUUUGGCUCCAUCAUACUCAUCGCCCUACUCAUCUUCGUCUUCUGGAUCUCGGGAUGCUCGGGUGGCGGGAGGAUCCUGCUCGACCGCAUAGGUCGUCCGGGCGAGUACGAUGACGAGCAGGCCUUUGCCAGGGAUGAGGCCGAGGCCCUCGAGACCAUGGACGAGAUGGCGAGGGCCGAGUACCUACGGGCAAAGGGUAUGCUUCCCUACCCUCCUCUCCCUCUCUCUCUCUCUCUCUCUUCGUAUCUCAUCGUUUCCGUAUCGAUCAGGUGCCGACUAACAAACCUCCGUGAUCAAACAGCCUUCGUCACCGCAAAUCCCCCCGAAUCUCUGCAGACGGAAAUCUCCCUCUCCCAGUACCUGGCCAUACAGGAGAAGGGCGUCUCGGCCUGGGAGUUUGAGCCCGAGCUCGAGAUCGCAAACUGCUUCGUCGAGGCACGUACCGAGAUUGAAUUCUUCGACUCCGAGUGCACCGUCCUCACAAACCUGCCCGUUCCCAAGCAGAACGACGUCUACUACUGGGAGGCCAAGAUCUACGACAAGCCUGAGACGACGCUGCUCAGCAUCGGCAUGGCCACCAAGCCUUAUCCGCUGUUUCGGCUGCCAGGCUUCCACAAAUACUCGGCCGCCUACCAGUCCACCGGCCACCGCCGGUACAACCAGCCCUUUUCCGACCUCCCCUACGGCCCGGCCUACGUCCAGGGAGACGUCAUCGGUGUGGGAUACCGCCCUCGCACGGGCGCCAUCUUCUUCACCCGCAACGGCAAGCGCCUGGAGGAGGUCGUGCACGGCCUCAAGGGCCCGAACUUCUUCCCCGCUGUCGGCGCCAUCGGCCCGGCGACGGUGCACGUCAACUUUGGCCAGGCCGGCUUCGUCUUCAUCGAGGCCAACGUCAAGAAGUGGGGGCUGGCCCCCGUCACCGGCAGCCUGGCGCCGCCUCCCCCCUACGGCUCGGAGCAGGGUAGCAUCCUCCUCGAGACGGGCAACAAGGACGGCUUCGUCGGCGGCAGCAGCGCCCCCGGCACGGCCGGCCGUCCGCACAGCCAGUCCGUGACCGGAACCUCGUACAGCGUCCGCCAUCACAACCCCCACGCCGACCACGGCAGUACCAACGGCAGCAGCCUCAACGCCCCGUCGCGCACCCACGGCCGCACCCGAAGCGGCAACCACUUCCGCAUCCUGCCGCCCACGAGCCCCGGGCCGGUGCGCAGCCCCACAGACAUCUCAUUGGCCCAUCUGGUCCCGACCGAGGAGAGCGGCGAGCCCAGCUCCAUCUCCCACCCCGACGGCCCCGACGGCCGGGACGGCCGGGACGGCCGGGAGGACGAGAACCCCCUGCGCCUGCACCUCGAGGACGCCACCAACCCGCCGCCGGGCUACGCCAGCCCGACCGAGGACGACGCCAACAGCGCCUUCUUCACGGCCAGCGGACCCCACGGCCAGAGGAGGCGACGGAUGAGGAGCAGUACCGUCGUCGUGGACUCGGACACGGACGACGACAGACCGCUCGUGCAGGUGGCCAACCGCAACAGGGGGGACUCGGCGGCCACCGUCAUCCCGCCCCCGUCCCGGCGGGCGUCGGUCAUCUCGGCCCGGAACCGACAGCGCAGCCAGAGCCAGCUCGUGCCCGCUCCUGACGAGCCGGUACCUAGUUACUUUGACGCCAUGAGGCAGGGGGCUGGUCAUCACAUCAGUCAGAGGAGAGGUCAGUCUGGGUCGGGGUCGGGGUCGAGGUCGGGGUCUGGGUUUGGGUCUGGGUCUGGGUCUGGGUCUUGGUCGGGUUCCUCUCAGUCUCGGGCAUCAUCUCGGGCGUCUCCUGCUGAUGAGGCAUUUCGGGUGUCUCCUGCGGAUGAGGCAUCCCCAGUCGAAGCUGCCACCGUCCAAGAUUCACCAUCAGAAUCACACGAUACCGAGACUUGA